GUUGGCGCUUGGCGCGUAGUUUCAACUGAGCUGCAGCGUCAUGUCUAGCAGCACCGGUCCCAUUGAUUUCGCAAAUUUCGAUACCACGUGCACUAUGGAAGCGUGUUUUACUGCAUUUGACAAGAACUGUGAUGGAAAACUAGACCUACAGGAAUUUGGGAUAUUAUGUCAGGCACUUUUCAGAAAUAACAAAGGUGAAACCUACGAGCUGCAAGACUACGAACAGCGUGACAUUUUCAAAAUAUUCGACAGCAAUGGAGACGAUUUCAUUGACAAAGAAGAAUUCACCUAUUGCUGGAAUAAUUGGAUAAAAGUGAUUGUACGGCCAAUAUCUGCCAUUCUCAUCAUAGACGUGCAAAACGACUUCAUCUGCGGAACCCUCGACAUCAGAAAAUGCCCUGCCAAACAGAACGCUGAAGAGGUACUCCAACCAAUCAACAGCCUCUUGGACACCAUCGAAUUCGACGCAAUUUUCUACUCCUAUGACUGGCACCCGAGUGAUCACGUGUCCUUUUUGGAUAACGUCAAUUUGAGGAAACUGCACGACACGAGCCCCAUCAAGAACCCAGAGAAAGUGCAGAUGUACGACACUGUCGUGUUUGAUGGGGUACCACCGGUAACGCAGAGAUUAUGGCCAAGACAUUGUGUACAGAACACGUGGGGGAGCGAGCUACAUAAGGAUUUGAAGGUGAUAGAUAGUGCGAUAAAAAUUUACAAAGGUACCAACCCAGAAGUGGAUUCUUAUUCGGCCUUUUGGGAUAAUUCGAAAUUGACAGACACAAAAUUAGCUUCCCAAUUGAGGAUGAGGAACAUCACCGAUGUUUACGUAUGUGGAAUAGCUUACGAUGUUUGUGUUGGGGCUACUGCUAUAGAUGCCAUAUCGAGUGGGUUUCGUACCAUCCUAUUGGAUGAUUGCUGUCGAGGAGUCGAUCUACUGGACAUAGAAAAAACUAAGAAUACUGUGAAAAAGAACCAUGGGGUCGUAGUGAACUCUGAUCGAGUGAAAAACAUGGUGGAUGGUAACGACAGGAGGCCAGAACUAGGGUACAAGCUAGCUCUGCAUUUGAAAGAGCGACAAGGGUAGAAGAAAUGAUCACCGUACCAGGCUAUUUAUUUUUUAAAUUAUGUAAAUGUGACUUAACUAAAUGAUAAGAGAUGUCAGAGUGAGAGUAUUUUUAGGCGUAUUUCAGACACUUAUGUCCCAACUUCAUCUUUAGCUUCUCAUGGGGAUUUUCGAAGGAUAAACUUGUUAUUAUAUAGUGAUUUCUUUGAUAAUCAUGUUUGUACUUAAUAUUAUUAUUCAUUUUGCAUCUUGCUGUUUCACUCUUGUGAUAGAAGAAGUACUUUCAAACCAGUGGUGAGUGCUAGGACUCAUAGGUGUUCAUGAUGCUACUUAGCAACUACCUAUAUACAAUGUUAUAGCAAUGUUGAGCAUUCUCGAGGUUCCUUACUGACUAGCAUAAUAUUGUCUGUGGUUGAAGGAAUUGCGGUUUGUAUUGAUGCAAUAAUCUAUAGAAAUCUUCAGAUAGGUAAAUGAUAUUGGCAGCUUCUACGAAAUAACGUUUAUUCAAAUGACAGGCGACGAUUCUUUAAGUGAGUAUGGAAUCUGAAUGGUAGAGUGAUGAACCAAUCAAUGGCUUUCCUUAAAAUAAUAACUUUGGAGUGUCUGUACUUUGUACCCAUACUGUUCUUGUAUGUAGAAAAAUAAAUUUCAUUUUGGAAAUAACAAUUAUUCAAUCUAAAGGCCCAGGAAUAUAACUGCUUCCAUUAGAUAUAAUAUGGUCAGGGUGCCCUUGGAGUGAACACACUAAAAAUCCUGACGUGGAACACGUCAAACAAAAAAUGUCCCACUUUCUGAU